GGCAGUGUGAGCUUGAAAAAGCAAAUGGAAUACAGUCUGUUUGGCAAAUUGCCCAUUCAUCAUCAUAGUCUCCACCCCACAGGGUACGCCUCUCUCUCUCUCUCUCUCUCUCUCGAGUCUCGACUAUAUAUGUACACACAAACUUCCUUCUCCUUAAAUCACCAUCCUUCCGAACUCUUCUCUCACUCUUCGAAGUUUAACACCAUGAAAAUCCCAUCGCUCAUUUUCUCAUCCCUGGCUCUUCUUCUGGUCUGUGUAUCUGGGCUGGGCCCCCGGUGCGCCAGGCUGAACCAGGGCUCGAGCCGCUCGACCCUCCAGGUGAUGCACGUGAACAGCCCGUGCUCGCCCUUCAGGCCUCUAAAGCCCAUCUCCUGGGAAGACAGCGUGCUCCAAACGCUGACCGAGGACCAGGCAAGGGUCCUGUACCUAGCCAGCCUCGUCGCCCGGAAGAAGACCAACUUGCCGAUCUCUUCCGGCAAGCUGACCUACCAGAGCCCUACCUACAUUGUGGAGGCUAAAAUUGGCACGCCGCCGCAGACAAUGCACAUGGCCAUGGACACCGGCAACGACGUCUCCUGGGUGCCCUGCACCGGCUGCGUCGGGUGCUCCUCUUCCACCGUGUUUAACUCCACCAAUUCCAGUUCCUACAAGGGUGUCGGCUGCAACGAUGACCGGUGCAAGCAGGUGCCAAACCCCGGAUGCAGCGACGGCGGCGCGUGCGGUUUCAACUUCACUUACGGCAGCUCCACCGUAACCGCGAACCUCUCCCAGGACAGCGUCACCCUCGCCACCGACGUCUUUACGAACUACGCCUUCGGCUGCAUCAAGAUGGCCACUGGAAAGUCGGUGCCACCGCAGGGGCUGCUGGGGCUGGGCCGCGGCUCCCUCUCGCUCCUCUCUCAAACAAUCAAACAGUACAACAACAUCUUCUCCUACUGCCUCCCCGCCUACAGCUCCUCCGCGGCCACCGGCUCCCUCCGCCUCGGCCCCGUCGGCCAGCCCCAGAGGAUCAAAACCACACUCCUUCUCAGGAACCCUAGAAGACCCUCCCUCUACUACGUCAACUUGAUAGCCAUCUACGUCGGGAGGAAACUCGUCGAUUUGCCGGCGGGCGCGCUGGCCUUCGAUCCCAAAACCGGCGCCGGUACCGUCAUCGAUUCAGGUUGUUGCAACUUACAAAUUAGUCCCUUAUUUUAUAACGCGCUUCUUCUGCUUUCCAAUAAUGACCCUGCUGAUCCUUUAUUCACCCAACUAGGUACGGUCUUCACCCGGUUCGUCACCACCGUGUACACGGCGGUGCGGGACGAGUUCAAGAAGCGGGUCAGGGGGCCGACGGGGAAAUUGAAUGCGACGCAACUAGGGGGGUUCGACACCUGCUACACCGUCCCCGUCACGGUGCCGACGAUCACGCUGGUGUUCAGCGGCAUGAACGUCACGCUCCCCACCGACAACCUCAUGAUACGGAGCUCCGUCAGCAACACCUCGUGCCUAGCCAUGGCGGCCGCGCCGAACAACGUCAACUCCGCCCUGAACGUCAUCGCCAGCAUGCAGCAGCAGAACCACCGCAUCCUCUUCACGGGCACCUCGCUCGGCGUCGCCCGUGAGCGUUGCACCACAUACUGAAAGUGAAACCGGUCCAUCUCUUCUGUUCCCAUCUGAAAUUUUCCUUUUUUUCCGAAAUUGUCCUUGUUGCCGGGGUGGGCUGUGCGUGUUUUUGUCUUUUUGUGCCGGUAAGGGUAUCUUCUGGAAAAUGGUUGUGAUGUGAUGUGCGAUCGUCUUACUUGUUUUUUUUAUUUUUUACCGAGGUUAAUUAUUAGUUUUUUACUGUUUUACUGACUGUUAAAAAUGGAAGAGGGAAGAGGAGGAGGACCCUGAAAGAAAUGUCCAGGAUCCGGAUCAUGGGUGGGUUAGUAGUUUUGUUUGGGUCGCGGGUCAUCCGUUCAGAUUUCGGAUGUCACGGAUUGUAACACAUUGGUUCUAGGAAAUAUAUGAAGGGAGUCAAAUAAGUUAUGAUUUAA